AUGGAAAGCAAAACGACCGAGAAAGAAGAAGUAGCUUGCGUUUUAGUGCAUCAUAACAUGGCAGAAUCAGGUUCUGAUGGAAAUAAUAACUUCUUUUUCAAAAGAAGAAGAAUCGAUCCCUGUAAUUACAGCGAUGAGGAAGAGGAGAAGGAUGAUACAUCAAGUCCGAGUAAUGGUAUAGCAUAUAGAGAGGACUCUUUGGAAGGCAUUGAUAACAGCCGCCCAAUGAACUCCAAAUUAACAAAGAAAUAUGGUAUUGGCGCAAAGUUACUUUCGAAGAUGGGCUAUGUUGCAGGGAAAGGGCUUGGUAAGGAUGGCUCUGGUAUAGCUACACCGAUCGAAGCUCAAAGCCGACCCCUGCAUAAUGCUGGUCUGGGGAUGUUUUCGAGAACUAUGAACAGUAACUAUUCCUACGAAGAUGACGAUGAGUUAAGCUCUGAGGAUGAGUUGGCAGAAGGCGCAAGGCAAGUCAAAUUUAACAAAACUUCUACGGAAAUUUUAGGCGAGCCUGCGUUUCAUGACGCUGAUGAUAUAGUCAUUGUGCGAACACUGAGGGAGUUGAGAAUAGCAGAUGUUCAAUUACCUGAUAAGAUUACAAAAGAAAUGAAUUUGCUGAAUAAAGUAUCGAAGUCAAAAAAGGAUGCAUUUAUGAAAACGUUACAAAAACUAUUAGCUAUACAGAAAAGCCUCGAAGUAAUUCGCGAACGAACCCUCCCGUUGGAAUUGCAACUCAGACAGCAUGAUGAACAAAAGGCCCUUCUGUCUGAUUUAGAAGCUAGCUUAAAAGAUGAGAGUAAAGAUCUCUCACUUUUUGACAAGAUUAGUACUAUUUUGAAGUUGUCCGAUGAUGACCUUAUCGAUAGGUUAAUUUCCAGUUUAUUGGACAAAGAAUUAUCGAUAGAUUUGGAUUGGGAUCCUUUAGAAAAACCAAAUAAUAUACUUGACCAAUUGACCCUGAUUGUCGAACUACUAGCAUAUAGGAUGGAUACGGCAUCGAAGUUCUUGAACAGGACACAAACAACUCUUUUUAAAAUAAUUUACCCCAAGCUUGAGAAGUUUUGGAAAGAAUUUGAUCUGACUAAACGGAAAAUUGACUAUACCAUUGCUUUAUUAUUAGAUUUUGAACAAGUGCUGAAUUUUAUUGAAUGUAAACAACAUAUUAUGGAGAAAUAUAUUUAUCCAAAACUGUUGCAGUCGCUGGAUAAUUGGAAGCUUCAAGAUGAAGAGAAGUUUGUUUCACCAAGAAUUUGGGCUCUAGAUUUUAUGGUUCUGAUUGAUGAUAAGAUCAGGGAUGUUCUUGUGAACAAGAUCGAAGCCAAAUUUCUCUCAUAUUGCCAAAAUUGGUACCAUAGGGAACCACUCUGUAUAUCUAACGCGGACAUUAUAUUCAUCAGAGAGCUUUUGUGCGAGAAAACCUAUUAUAGAAUUUUAUGCAAGGAGUUUCUUCCUAAAUUCAUAGACGUGCUAUGGGAAAGCCAUAAUGAUCCCAUAUUUGAAUUGGAGGAUUGGAAAGAAGAACAACAGAGUGGGGAAAAAGAUUCAGGAUUUUUCUAUUUCAUGAAAAAAUUGAGAAGAUAUGCGCAUUAUUUUCAUCCUAAACAGUAUCAAUUGCUGUUACGGGGAACGUUCAAUAACAUUAAUAAAAUCCUUUAUCAGUGGCACCUUUACAGCACAGUGGAAGACUUGCAUAAGUCCAAAUGGUGGCUUAAUUGGUUGAUUAAUGUGAUGUUUGAAGAUUCCCUACCAACAGAAGUAGAAUUAUUGGAAGUCAGAAAAAGUUAUGAAAUAUUUGCCAUGUCCGAAAGAUUUUGUGUUGAUAAAUCCGUACUGGAUGAAGAUUUCGAUUUGGACGAGAGUUUGCGAAAUUUAAUGGAAGUACAAGUAAUCGACGACAAUACAAAAACUGGAAAAGAACCUGUUUAUACUGUACAAAACAUUCCACUUACGAAGGUUACUAACUCAUUUAAGGACGUGGUUGAAGACUACUGCCUGGAAAAGGGUUAUUUAAUCAGUAAAAUACCAAAUAGAUAUACUCAACUGCCAUAUGGACAAGAUCAAGAUAGCGUGGUUCCUUUGUUUGAGAUCCGAAACGGAAAGAGAACAGUAGAUGUGGCUUUAAAGCACGAUGUCCUUUGGCUGGAGGAUACCAAUGGGACGUUCCAACCAACUUACUUAUGGGCGCUUAGUUUUUAA